UUCCUGAGAUUUCCGACUUUUCCUUCUCCCCUCUUCCGCAACUCGAUCUCGACUCGACACCGCGAGCAGAAAAUAUCGGCGGCGACGAGAUAGCGAGCCCCGGAGCCGCGGCGAUCCUCGGAUCGGCCAUGACGGUGAACCAGAUGGAGGCGGCUGCGGCGGCGGCCGCCGCCGCGCUGCCGUACGCGCCCACCUUCGAGAUCCCGGCGAUCCAGCCUGGAAGAACAUGUGGAGCAGAGGCAAAUACCCGGAGUCAUGUUUUCGUCGAACAAAUAGGAAGCAGUGCUCUUCCCUGUAAUGAAUAUGCACUCUGGGCGCAGCAGAACCCCAAGGGACCUGCGCCGCCAGUGGCUGCGUCUAUUCUGCGGAAAAAGCGACCUCGGAGAUCUCGUGACGGGCCUAAUUCAGUCUCUGAGACGAUCAGGCGAUGGAAAGAGGUCAACCAACAGCUGGAGCGCGAUCCAGCAUCUGCAAAGCGGGCGAGGCGGCCACCAGCAAAGGGCUCAAAGAAGGGCUGUAUGCAGGGGAAAGGCGGGCCUGAGAAUACACAGUGUGGGUUCCGUGGUGUAAGGCAACGGACAUGGGGCAAGUGGGUUGCUGAAAUUCGGGAGCCGAAUCGGGUCAGCAGGCUCUGGCUCGGAACGUUCCCUACUGCCGAAACAGCGGCUCGAGCUUACGAUGAGGCAGCCAGGGCGAUGUAUGGUCCACUGGCCCGCACUAAUUUCCCACUGCAGGAUGGACAAAUUCCUGAUGUGGCUGUACCAGCUGCCACUCAAGGUGUUCUACUCCGUGGUUCAACAUCAUGCCAGUCUACCACAACAUCUAACCACACUGACAUAGCGUCUUCCUCACAUAAUUGGCUUCAAGCUCAUGAGAUUUCAAGUCCAGUGAGGUCUCAACAAGAUGUGCUGGAAUCUGUCAUCUCUGACUGCGGCAAACAAGAUUCUGUUCCUGAAGCUGGCUCAAGCACUUCAAGGAGCACAUCUCAAGAGGAUGUUUUUGAGCCAUUGGAGCCCAUUUCCAAUUUACCAGAUUGGGAGGAUGAAGGCUUUGAUAUUGAAGAGCUGUUGAGAAUGAUGGAGGCCGACCCAGUGGAAGUUGAGGCUGCAACUGGGGGCUCCUGGGACGAGUGCCAGGACGGAGCCAACACUGUCGCAGAGAUGACCCAACAGGAACCUCUGUACCUGGAUGGCGUUGACCCAAGCACGCUGGAGGGCAUGCUACAGUCUGCUGAUCCCUUGCCAGUGUGGAUAUCAGAGGACCGGAACAUGUACAACCCUGGCUUCCAUGAUGCUGAGCUAAGCGAGUUCUUUGAGGGGUUGUGAUUCCUUCAAGCGGCCAAGCCAUGUUUGUGGCGUUUGGUCGGCUUAGCGCAUCUGCCAGACACAUUGGUGUUGGUUCGCUCCAAUGAAGAAGAUCAAACAGUCAACCGGAUUGGAUUCCUUGGCAGAACUAAUAAGCUUGUUAAGCUAGAUUUUUGUGCUUUGUUUGUAGUUCUGUUAGGCAUGGAAACUUUAUGUUUCAAUUAAAUUCGUGUAUGACGAUCUUUGGAAGAGAAGUGAAAUGAAAGAAAAGAAGUGAAUGCAGUGCAUUUCCUUCACCA